CGAAAACUGAUUUCUUGCACACCAAAACAAAGCCUAUCAAGUUUCUGACUGUCAUCUUUUUAUCGUAUUCAAAGAUGUGAAAAAGACAGCAUUUUGUUUAGAGAUUUACAGUUAAACGAAAUUGUACUUUAAAGAUCAUGGCAACCACCAGAGCAUCAGUUAAUGGUAACAAGGUAAAAACAGGCAAGAUUAAAACUGUUGUUGCUAAACCAAAUCUGGCAAGAAAGACCACUAUUAAAAAUAGUAUCGAAGUGAAGGAGAAUUCUAAAAAAUGUAAAAUAGCAGUUAAAAAGCCAAGAUAUUCAAAAUCUAAAGUUAACACUGAUGGGGAAGCAAUAGUAAAGAGUAUGAUGUCAGCUGAUGGAAAACUGGUGCUGGAAACCCAAAACAAUAAUGUAAAAUCAGAGAAUAAGCCAACAAAAAAGAAAAAUGUAAAGAACACAAUUUUCCUUUGUGAGCAUUGUGCUACUUACUUUAAAAGGGGUUAUGAUUUGGACUUACACAUAAAAAGGGUUCAUUGUUCUAAAGAGUGUGACAAAUGUCAAAAUGUUUUUUCCAGUUUUCGACUUCUAACAGAACAUUUAAAGUUUGUUCAUGGUGUUGAGCCUGUGAAGUUUUACACAAAACAAUGCACAGAAUGUAAUAGGUUAUUUGAUACAAACACAGAGCUAUCAGAACAUCUUGCAAUCCACACUGGUGAGAACUUACAUACAUGCAAAGAUUGUAACAAGAAAAUUAGUAGCAAAUCUGCAUUCAAGUUUCACCUGAAAAUUUGUCAAAAUGCAGAUAGCUUGAAAAACUACGAAUGCGAAAUUUGCCAAAAGAAAUUUUAUUUUAAAAGUGAUUUAUUGAGACAUAGUUUAACACACUCUGGAGCCAGACCACAUAAAUGUCAAUUUUGUGAUACAACAUUUAAGCUUCGAGGAGCUCUGGUAGAGCAUGUUAAAUCCUUACAUGAAAACUAUAAAUAUCCUUGUGAGACCUGCGGUAAAAUAUUUACAGCAAUGAGGAACCUUAAACGUCAUACUGAAACACAUAGGCCCGAUUUUGAAGCAAGUAAGCCUUUAUGUACAGAGUGUGGCAAGUCUUUCAGAUUUAAAAGUGAUCUAGAAAAACACAAGAGAAUACACAGUGGAGAAAAGGCAUUUGAAUGCAAAAUUUGUAAGAAGUCUUUCCGCUUGAAUUCACAUCUUAAACAACACAUGGUUACACAUACCGGGGAGAAACCAUUCAAAUGUAAAUUUUGUGAAAAGGGUUUCAGUCAACUUGCUAAUGUCUUAUGCCAUGAAAGGAAGCAGUGUAAGCAAAGACUAGGAUAUCAUCAAACACAAACUGGAGAAUGCACAGAAGUUAUUGAUGAUGUAAAAACAGAUGUGGAUAAUUUAAAAGAAACUGGAAAGAUUGACAAGAAGCAAAAGAAAAAUAACAAAAGAAAACGAAAAAGUACACAAAAAUUUGACAUAAUUGAUUGGGAACUCACAAGUGAAACAUGUUCUAACAAAGAAGAUAGUGGAACAAUCAAACAGAAUAAAAAACUGGUUGUCAUGGAAAUGGAAAAUGAGAUAACUGUCAUUAGUGACGGUGAAGAAAAAACUGUUGUUGCCAACAGUAAAAAAAUACAUUCAGUACACAUUGACGGUUGUAAGAGUGUAACUGUGCCAGAGAUCAACAGUAAACAAAUACAUUCAGUACACAUUGAUGGUUGUAAGAGUGAAACUGUACCAGAGAUCAACAGUGAUGAGACAAUCUCUGUCUCCAAAAAUAAACUGAAAAAUAAUGGUGAUAAGUUUAGUGGCCAUAAUAUCUCAGAGGGAAACAAUGGCAACACUUCAUUGGAUAAGACAGAAGAUUCUAACCAUGCUCACACCAAAAGACAACAUAAAUACCAAAGACCAUAUGCAGCAAGAUGCAUGGGAAGGAAAGCCAAUUCCUCAGUAAAUCAAAAAGGUUAUAUAAAGAACGAUAUUUAUGAACAGUUAAUGAAAAGUUGUCAAGAUAAGCUAAAAUCUGGGGAAGUAUUUCCGUUUACAGAUCCUUCUGUAGAUUUCGAAAAAGAUGAAGAUAUUGAUGUUGAUUUGGUUGAAUCAGUUCCUAUGUCAGAUAAUUUAAUGGCUACAAAUUCUUUGGUGUUCGUUACAGAAACAGAACUUUAGUUCUAGUGAGAACAUUUAUCCUGUCAAAGCUUAAAAUGCUGAACAGUCAAUUAAUAGUUAGGUAAAUGCUGAACAGUCAAUUAAUAGUUAGGUAAAUGCUAACAGUCAAUUAAUAGUUAGUUAAAUGCUGAACAGUUCAUUAAUAGUUAGUUAAAUGCUGAACAGUUCAUUAAUAGUUAGUUAAAUGCUGAACAGUUCAUUAAUAGUUAGCUAAAUGCUGAACAGUUCAGUAAUAGUUAGCUAAAUGCUGAACAGUUCAUUACUAGCUAGUUACAUGCUGGAUAGUUAUUUAAUAGCUAGUUAAAUGCUGGAUAGUUAAUUAAUAGUGAGUUAAAUGCUGUUGUGUUUUAAUGCACUUUGUUUAACCAAACCUAAAGUAUUUAUGUGUUAAAAAGCUCCAUCUAUUUUGAACAUAUGUGUACAUAAUUGAGCACAUGCAAUUAUGUACACUUUAACUUUAGACUUUACUUUCUAAAUACAAUAGAACAAACACAAGUUUGGAUACUGAAUGGCGCUGUGACCACCUCAAAUUUCAUUCUUAAAUACAAUAUUUUACUUUUUGUAUAUGCCUUAAAAGUCCAUUAAGCUACAUUAGUCAAGUCCAUCAAAACAACAUAAGAUACAAUGCCUGGCAGAAUCUUGAACAAUGUCAUGUUUUGUAACAAAAUAAUCUACAAAAUAAAUACAACACAUUUAAAUACUGUCAUGACUGUACUAUAUAAAAACAAAAAUACAAAUAUUUUUGUAAAAAAAAAAAACAACAAAAAAACAAAAAAACUUCUACCUAUAUAUACUAAGUGUGUUUGUGUGGUCACUACCCAGUCCUUGAUAACUAAAAACCAGUGCAAUUAGCUCUCAUACUGACCGCCAAAUCGGUUAACAACAAUGGUUACACAACAUAUAUAAAAUCCCCAUUAUAAAAUUAGUAUGCAAUCUUUCAAAUUCAUUCAGAAUACCACACAUAAAUUCAUGACAGUUCAUUAACAUGAUUAAUAGCUAGUGAAAUGCUGGACAGUACAUUAAUAGCUGGUUGAAUUAUAUCUUAAAAUAUAUGUAUGUGAAUUGUCACACACUGUUUUCCUUAUGAUCUUUUGUAGGAUUUGGGAUUGACUUAAAAGAAUAGUGUCCUAGCUAGAAACAUGAAUUCUACAGGCUUCAAUAUUGAGUAAUAGUCAGUUUCAAUUUUUUGGGGCUUACAAUGUAUAUAACUUAAAGAGUAGUAGGGAAUUUCAAAUUAUACUUGUACAAUGAAAUAUGGAAUUUCAAAUUUUAAGGGAUGGGAGCUUAUAUUAGAGAAAUAGGGAAUUUAGAAUUUUAAAGGAUUAAUAGCAAAUUUAAUAUUUUAAAUGUUAGGGCUUAUAUAGAGUAAUAGGUAAUUUAAAAUUUUAAAGGAUUAAUAGUGAAUUUCAAAUUUUAAAGGAUGGGGCUUAUAAUGUUUAUAUAUAACAUGUAAAGAGUAAUAGGGAAUUUAGAAUUUUAAAGGAUGGGAGCUUAUUUAUAAUUUUUUUUUAAAAGCAUUGAGCUUAUUUAUAUUGAGUUAUACAAAAUUACUAGGAUGGAGGCCACGAAUGAAGCCCCACCAUGCAUGCACCCUCAAGGGAAAAUACUGGAGAAAGGAAAUUUGAGUUCCAGGUUAAAUUAUUACAAACAUAUGAUAUUCAUGUAUUCAGUUUAUAUCUAAUCAUUUUUUGUGUGAUUAUGUCUAUGUAUGUUGUAAAAUUCCUGUUUAUGAUUUAUGACUUUAACACAUAUUUUGAAUGGAAGAUUUUAAGUAUUGUAAAAUAAAUGUUGUCUGAAGUUAAAUGACCUGAACUGAACUAUAGAGUAUUUAAGACUCAUUAAGAGGACAUUCUACAUGUAAGAUUGUAGGGAUAUUCUGGUCUGAAAGAAUUGUGGGCUAUUCUUGUCUUUACACUGUACCUAAGUUACUUGAUCCUGUUAACACAUGAAAGAAUGACCUAUGGUAACUAGUUGGAGGGAUACAUCUAUCUAGGCACUUGAUCCAGUUAACACACAAAUAUUCACCAAUGGUUACUUGUUAGGAAGAUAUAUCUUUACACGCACUCAGGUUUCCUUGACCACUAAUCACCAUGGAAUAUUGUAUAUAUUGAUUAUUUAGAAAAACAAAUGUUAUGUAGUGUAAAAGGAAAAGACUAAAAUUGACUAGUGUAUAUAUUUAUUUUUUUAUGAAAUUUUACAAAAUUCUACAUGUAUUUAAUAUAUUAUAGAAAUUGAAUUAUAAUUAAAAUAUUACAAGAAAAACUCAUUUUAAUUUUUAGUCAUCCAAAUGUAGAGAUAGCAUGUUAUAUGUAGUAAUUAUAUACAACAUCUGUUUUCAGUAUUUUAUUAUUCAAUAUGUCAUUUUGAAUUGCAAUUAAAAUCAAAAAGUCUAUA